AUUGGCUGUGAGACACACGUACGCAGAAACCACAUGCAGGACCAGCCAGGAUCCAAAAAUGCAGGACUUUUAUAUCGACAAGUAUGUUUUGCUCGUGUAGUUUAAAUUUCCUUGUCUUAACAAGAUUGAGGGUCAGUUUUUUCAAUCCUUUGGUUGGACCAAUUGGUUCUCCGAAUUAAAUCGUGAAAUUGUUAUUGACGAAAGAGAUAUCGUGUCUUUGAAUUGCGAACUACAAAUUACUUACCAGCAAUCACUGCCUCCUUCUCCAACUUUGCUGCAAGUGUAUGAUGUACCAACAUGAACAAAUUUAUUUGCGUGACGAAUAAGCAUGACUCACCGAAUUCUCCGAGGAAUUCCUAGGAUAAUGACAAACCACUAUCAAGAAAUAAUGCAGAAUUUCGAGUAUCUGCUUGUGAUGGACUUUGAAGCUACUUGCAAGAAAUACCAAAAACUCCAGCCGCAGGAGAUCAUAGAAUUGCCGUGCGCGGUAUUGUCCACCCGCGACUGGGACUUAAAAGACACUUUCCACGAAUACGUUAAGCCCAGAGUGCAUCCUAUACUCACACCAUUUUGUACGGAACUGACAGGAAUUAUGCAGGAUAUGGUGGAUGACCAGUCUUAUUUCCCGGAUGUAUUCUCGAGAUUUUGCAACUGGCUGAAGAAGGGAGGAUACUUUGAUGAGUCUGACAAGAGUACAUUCGUAACAUGUGGCAAUUGGGACCUAAAAGUCAUGCUGCCAAGUCAGUGCAGUUUGGAUGGCAUCACACUACCAGAUCAAUUCAAGCAAUGGAUAGAUUUGAAGCACACUUUCAGUGAAUAUAAGAUGCGUUAUCCUAGAGGUCUGCAGGAUAUGCUUGCACGAUUAAAUCUUCCACUGCAAGGACACUUGCAUUCAGGCAUAGACGAUGUUAAGAACAUGGUUACUAUAAUCCGAGCCUUGCAUGAAAAGCACAAUGUACAGUUCAAAAUUACUUCGUCGUUAACGACUUCUACGUUAAAUUUAAAGGAUUACAAAAGGAACACAGCAGAGGAAAGUGUAGUGAAAAAAGAUAGGCGAUAGUUUGUAAAAAAUUGGUUAUGUAUUAAUAAAAAAUAUUGUUUUUAUAAAAUUCAUCGAUUGCAGCAACGAGAAUCGAGAAAUAAAUAUUCUGAUUAUAUUACGAAACA